GAAUAAGUGACGCAACUGUUGAAAUACAAACAAACUGGUGCCGUUAUAAGUCAACGAAAUGUUAUUUUCGAAACUGUUUAACCUUUGCAACGUUCGUUUAAAGCGUUGAUUGUUACCACAAAGAAAGCUGCCUAAUUCGUCUUAAUUUUUGAGGAUGAAAAAGGAGCCGAAGUUAAUUUCAUCCUCUACCUUCUCGGACAAAUCUUUGUCGGACAAAAGUGACGAAAUCUUUCUCUGGUGACGAAAAUUAUGUCCGACAAAGUUUUGUCCGAUAAGGUAUUUAGCAAGGGGAGGGGGGCAUAAAGAACUCGCACAAAAUUCCAAUUUUAAUACCUUAAGUGAAAUAUUUUAUCAAUUAUUAUGAACCUUUGUGAGUCUUUAUGUUUAUAAUUAUGUGACUAAAAACUAUAACAGUGAGACCGCUUUAGUGAUAAACGCGUCAUUUAUGCGUAACUAGUAAUUUCAAAUCUCAAAUCGACCUAUACAAAUUUGAAUAGACCGGAUUGUAAAUGACCGGUUAUAUUUCACUUUAUGAUUUGUUUUGUUUUUAUCACAAGAAAACCCUGCGAUUUUUGAAUGGUAUAUGGUUGACUAUUAUUUACAACAUAACUAAUACACCGAUCCAACCAGGCCAUGCGCCAAUACAGAUAUUGCGCGGACGGGACUGGGUUCUAGUUUGCCAUGGACGGCGAUGGCUAAUCAGUUCAUUUAUAAAGAAAAGCGAAACCGUUAGCAUAAAUAUAACUGUUAUUUUUAUUAUUAUACAAACUGUUUUUUUAAAAACACACCAUACUAUAUGGAUCCUAUUAACUGUGCUGUCUGCGAAUGCAAAAAUACCUCAAGAAAGUUGAAUACGUGGAAGACAUCGUUUUAUGAAGUUCAUAAGGGAGUAUUGCAGAAGGAUUGUCAACUAACCCUGAAAACAAUUAUCGCUCUGGUGGUCUUAAUGGUAAGACACCUACUGUUGUAGGAGAUCCAGGUUCCAGAUCCAGAUCCAAUAGCUGUGCAAAUCAACAGAUGAAUUUCCGUAGAUUCUUCACAUGGUAAAUUCCCAUGUAUUUUCCACGGACUAACGACUAGUACUAGAUUAUCACAGAAAGCAUCGCUGCUGCUCGUAGUUUUGACGGCCGUUUAUUGAAUCCAGUUCACAGUAGUGUAACACACAAAGUAGCUCUGCUUCAUGUUAUUUUUUUGUUUUUAAACUAAAGUACAAGUAAUCAUAAAUUGAGCGUAUAAAGCACUUUCAAUUCGAUUCCAAAUUCCGCCUAAAUGUAAUGAGGCUGGUGGCUUGAAGCCCCAAUUGAUCCCAUGUUUCAAGGUUUUUUCAUUUAUUUCGCUCGAUCUAAACCUUUGAGUGCUUUUCUGAGCUUUUUGAACGUCCUUGAAGUUGAAACCUCAAUCUGCUAUGAUUACGUCCGGUUUUUCCUGUCCUAUUAAGAAAGCUUUUGAGUGAAAUUAUGAACCUGUCUGUUUCUAUGUUCAAUAUCGGGGAAAUAGGUUAAAUAAGAACACGUGUUUACAAUUUAUCUUUUCUUCUCUAUUCACUGUCAUAACUAGCAUGUAAUCAAAAUCGUCCCUAUUCUUCUGCCCAAGUCCUGUCCAUCUUCGUCGAUGUCUUUACGACAUUACACUAUGGAUUCCAGUGUUUGUGAAUAACAGUUGUUAAAACCAACUCGAAUAGAUGGAAUUUUUGCCACGAUUGAAACGUUUGGUUUCGUUGUUGUCUUUUGGCAGUAAAAACAGUCAGUAAUUAAUUUCUUUACAGCUGUUUGACUAUGUACAAUCCAUUAAACACUGAUUUGUUUCUGCUAAUAGGUAUCUCUGACGCAUCCUCAAUGACGUGUAGUUGUAAGUUAGCAAUAUCUCCUCCGAAUAAGCUCCUUAAACGUAUUUAAGGAGCUUUUUUCAUUUGAUCAUUUUUCCAUACAAUUUUAAGAAGGAGUUCACUGCGUUGCCUUUUUGUGACAUUGGGUCAUCUUUUAUGCGAGAUGAGAAAGUGAUUUUCUCUUCUUUUACAUUUCAGUUAAUUCCAAGCGUUCUUUUAAUGUGCUCAGCAUCUAAAUUUAGCAUAGCUUUUGGCAAUUUUUCAUUUUCAAUUAUGGACUUCAGAAUCAACUUAGAGUUGUUGAAAAAUUUCGUUAUGUGAAAGCGUCACGUCUUACCCUUUCAAUUAGCUUUAGUGCUACUUGUGAGUCAUCAUUUUCUGUAGGCACAGAUAUAAAUAGGUGGUCGACGUAGAAUGCCAUCAAUAUACUGUUAUAGGUUAGUGUCUCAAAGGCGUUGUAAUUCUUUUUUUCAUAUUCCUUCAAUGCGAAACUUCGUUAUCUUCAGCUAUAGCAAACUAAUGAGAACAGAAGCGUAGUGAGACUCAGAUCAAACUUUUUAUGAAGUCGCGUUUUGAUAGCAACGCAUCGCUCAAUCUGUAACCUUUGCAUUUUUCGUUAGCAUCAAACACUACUGUCACUUUCCCACGCUUCUUUACGGUUAAAUACUGGAUGGUGAGGUAGAUAAUAUGAUCGACUGGUUUCUUAAUUCAACUAAUCUACGGUCAAUCUCCGUACGUAGUCCUUCGAUAUGUAGGUGUUUAAGAUCACUAUGUCCCUCUCCAGCAACAUUUCGUCCUUCUCACUGGUAUUACUAAUUGCUUUUCUGCUGCAGGUAUGUUCAUAAACUUACAUUGAACUUCACAUUUUCUAUCAACAAGUCUCGUGUACCAUUAGAGCACCUCUAAACAACUUUCCUCUUCUCUAGAUAAAGCUGAUUCGUGUUGGUAUAACUCUGACAAAGUUUCAAUUUCCAAAAAAAUUUCAACAAAUUUGUUUAAUUUUUUAUCAGAUUUGCUAUGCACAGUGUUGAUUGAUAUGUCUUCUGUUAGGCUGCUUGAACCUAACAACGUCUACCCGUAAAGUGUCUUUAUUGCCAACGACCGAUUCGUGGCCUCUUUUCUCGUCUAAAGAGCUAUCAAAGUUUCUGAAACAUUGACCCAUAAAAGAAGACUAUUACCGUUUCACUAAACAUCUGUCAACGUUACACCAUUCAGAUAGGAGAAUCUUUUUUCUUUUGCGGCAAGCACUGAGAAGCUCACUAUCUCUUUCAGAUAAUGACUUUCAGAAAAAAUAGUGUAGAGUGGUGUAUGAUUGAGCUUCUUCUGUUGUAUGCCUACUCCUGAAUUAACAGUGAGCUUUGAGCAUUCUUCCAUCAACUGCAAAUCAAAUUUGACAUUCUUUAAAGAAAUUUUUUGCCUUUGUCCUUCCAUAGCAAGUGGCACUCUAUGCACAAAACGCAGUUUGAUCCCUUUUUCUUGUUUCAGGUCCAGGAGUCCUGUACUGCGCCUAUGUUUUUAAGUUCUGAACAUCUUUUUCGGAACACUUUUUCCCGCAUACCAUCCCAUACCACAGGGAAAAGAAACCCGUUGGGGUCCCACUGUUGCAGAGUUAAGUUCCCGUAAUUUUAGAUAAAUAACCAAUCAGAAACUAAAGCUCUUUAGAUUCCUACACAACGUUUUUUUGCAGUUACACGAAAGCAGUCCGAUAUGUGGCAAGAAGAAGAGAGCAACUUUUAAAGUUGGAGAAAGGAAUGUUUCUUAACUGUUUUAUUUAUUUUUUAGCUUUCGACACUUCUAAGAACACUAUUUGUGUUCUAACAAAAUUGCAGUCUUUUUCUAAACUACUUUUCAAUAAUUUUUCUGUUUGUUUACAUUUUUGUUUACCUAACAGACAAGCUAUAGUUGGCUACCCAGCCACCUAAAGCUUUGCAUUAUAUUUUUUUGUUAAUAUAAAUAUAUUAUCACAUUGCCUGCUCUUUUAUAUAGGGGAGCAUCAAAGCUAGCGGCUAUCCGGCUAGCCUUAUGAAUUUCCAUUGUUGCAAAGGUUUCAUGGGGUUUAAGAUAUCAUUUCAUGUUAGCCAAAUUUUGUUGUGUUUUCUUUACCAAUCUAAUGUUGCCUACCUCUAAUACAGUUGGCUGCAAAGAAUUUCUAAAUAAUCAUUUUGAUACUUAAUGUGGUUAAACAGUUAGCUACCCCUUAAAAAGUUAUUUUUUGAAAAGAAUGUCACCUAAAACCCCAUAAUGUUGUGUGCGCUUCACUCGAUUUAUAACACACUGCAUACUUGUACUAAAGCGCGUCACCUGUGGCACAGUUUUCGGUUCUUAUUUAUCGUUUCACCGGAUGUUGAACGCCGGGUAACACACUUACUUGUGGCUUAACCAGGCUAGUUUAAAAUAUUAAUAAUCCGAGAGGAGGUAUUAAAGAAAAAUUAAAGAACAAAACUUGACGACUAUUGAAUGAUAGCAUUUGCAUUCCAGUUUUAUUUUUAUUUUUAUUGUAAUAAGAGAUGUGGCCUAUUCAUCACACACCCGCCGCAAGCAUGUCAGCGCACGUGUUCUAAAGCUGAACGUAAAAAAACAAGCUCUUCCCAAAACAAAUUUAAAAAAGAAAUAAUUAAUUAUAUUAUUUCUGCCUGUUUCGUUUAUUUUUUACUUAGAAUCUCAUAAAAGGUAUUAUACGAACUUUCGUUAACAACAUCAGUUUGUGAGAAUGUAAACAUAUUAAACAAACUACCAUCAAAUAAUGCUUAUAAGUUUGUAUGACGUAGAAACAUGAUGUUUUGGUGAUAAGGUUUUAAACUUAUAACUGAUGUAAAUAUACUUGGUAUAUAUCGCUAUGGACAAUAAAGUCACAACAGAAGUCUGUACUUUCACCCUAUAAUUGAUGUAAAUAUACUGGGUACGUAUUGGUAUUGACAAUAAAGUCACAACAGAAGUCUGUACUUUCACCCUAUAAUUGAUGUAAAUAUACUGGGUACGUAUUGGUAUUGACAAUAAAGUUACAACAGAUUUCUGUACUUUGAACCUAUAACUAGUGUAAAAUAACUGAGUAAUAUUUGUUGCUAUAGACAAUAAGCUCAUAUGGGAUAUCUGUACUUACAAACAAUAACUGAUGUAAAUUAACUGAGAAUAUAUCGCUAUGGAAAAUACAGUGACAACAGAUUUCUGUAAUUACAACCAAUAACUGAUGAUGUAAAAUUACUGCAUAUAUGUUGCUAUUGACAAUAAAUUCGUAUGGGAUAUCUAUACUUCCAACUUAUAAAUGAUGUAAAAUAACUGAGAAUAUAUCGUUAUGGAGAAUAAAGUCACAACAGAUGUCUGUACUUCCAACCCAUAACUGAUGUUAAAUAACUGAGAAUAUAUCGCUAUGGACAAUAAAGUCAUAUGGGUGUUGUUAUUUCACAACAACUGUUUGUUUAUACUGACAAGAACCUUCUGUGUUUCAAAAAUAGUUUUCAAAUGUUGGGUAAGUGGGUGGCGAACCAUUAGUAUUUUAGCGUAUUCAGUUUUUGAACAAUAACAACCAACAUGGGGGACUAUGCUGUAAGUGACGAGGACAAGAAAUUAGUUUUGGAUUAUUAUAAAAGUACGCACUUAAAUCCAGAAAAUUUAUCAGGAGUUUAUGAUGACCUUUCACCCAUGUAUGAUAAAAUAAUUUCUAUUCUUAAAUAUGAAGCAUUCAAAAGACUCGCAAAAGAUUUAGCCGUAUUUCUAGAGUAUGAAAACCUGCUGGAAAAAAGGAUUUUAGAUGUUGGAUGUGGUAAUGGAAAGGUUGGUAAAUCUCUUGUUGAAGAAGGAUUUCAAAAUAUCGAUGGAUUAGAUAUAUCGGAGAAGUUGCUAGAGAUUUGUAAAGAGACAAAAUGUUACAAUAAAUUGUUUAACGUGCCACUGACAACCAAUUCUACACCUGGUAUUGAAGAGAAUACUUACGAUAUUGCUGUUUCAAGUGGAAGCUACAUCGCCGGUCACAUUCCAAUGGAUACGUUAUUUGAACUGACACGUAUAGUGAAGCCUGGUGGUUAUAUAUUCUACACACUUCAUGAUCCUAACUACACUAUGGAUUACAUGAAUUGGCAUGGUAAGAUAAUGGAAAAAAAGAAAGCUGAGUUGAUCUCUAUGAAACUGGCACCAUACAGAUUGGAACCGAAGAAUGAUUUUAAACCAACAUACUGUUAUGAUGUAAUGUUUAAAGUGUUAUAAGACACAAAUUACGUUCACAUUUUUCAUUAAAUUUUAUUUUACCUGUACCAUAAUACUUGGUGUUUAUCUGUAAGUCGAUUUAGAAACAAAGAAUUUUGUAAAAAGAAGCGCCAUUAUGAACGCACUUAUACUAUAACCAUAGUUACAACUCCCCUCCAAGAAAAGUUCAUUACUUCAUGCAAACAGGCGGGCAGGGUUACGCGAAAUGACGAUGCAGAUAUUAUGCAUGACAGGCUAUACACAGUCAAUUUUUUCACGGAAUGGUGGCUAGUCUAUUAUAAUAAUACGCAAAUUUUCUUUUGUUUAUAACGCGCAAAGUGGGUGUUAUUACCACCUCUCCUUUGCCACACCGCAAACAUUAGCUUUACUAUGCUAAUUUUACGGCUGAUUUUUUUUCAUUUGUUUUCUAUUUCAUUCUCGUCAGUCAACAAACCGAAUAAUGUAAACAAAGUUUAAACAUUUUCUAAACAUUAUGGACACUUUAUGAAAUCAUUUAAUGAAUAAUAUUUGUCUACCCAAAAUAUAUUUUCUUGUUUUGAGUUAAAGACUGUGGUUAAGCGUAUCAACUGUUGAAUUCCCCAAAUUCUCCAAAAAGAGUGAAACAGCACGCAACCCUGCUGUUUGAAGCCAGACAGUAUGUUGACAAUGCACAAAGUAGCUCUUUUUAAGAUAAAUUUGUUUUGUAAAAACGAAGUACAAACAUCAUAAAUUGAGUGUGUGAAACAAUUUCUUUAGAUUUAGAUUCUUUAGAUUUUUUCUUGAUUUUUCUUUAUAUAGAUUAAACCAAGUCCUGUUAAUAAUCAAGCUGCGAGUGUUUAAGUCUUCCCGCUUUGUUGCUGUGAUUUUUUCUUAAAAUUUCGAGUUAAAAAACUGAAGGCACGCUAUAUUAAUUUAAACGUUUAUAACGUGCAAAGCGUGUUUAUUAUUAGGAAGAUUUUAAAAUACCAAAUUCUCAGGUUGAAUUGGUAUAUUUACGUGGUAUCCUUUUCAUGCAGUUGAAGAAGAGUGAACUAUGAAAGUCUGGAUGAUCCAAUAUUUAUUUUUAGAUUUUAUUCUUUUUUCAUAUUUAACUUCGUCACUUUUUGCUGUCAAAUUUAAAUUUGUCGUAUUGUCACGAUUACCCAAUUAGUAUUAUAAAAUUAUUUUUAAAGAAUUAUUGACGUUCUCGACCAGAGCAUGUGAAUUGUACAUCCCGGUUUUUCACCCGGCGUUGCAUAUUCUCAAACUUUAUGUUUUUAGGAGAGUUGAAGAAGUGUUAAAUUUCACGGUAAUGAAGUUGAAAGUCGUAUUUGCUAUCUUCUGUAAAGCUUAUUUUUACAUUUUUAACACGAUACGCAUGAAAAUGCGUUGAGUAUACUACAACAAUAGAUCAUACUCACCUCUAUUAAAAA